CAUAAUUGAUUGAUUCUCCUUCCUCCUCUAGCUAGCUAGCUAGCUAUGCGUGUAUAAAUAUCCGCUGUUACUCGCUCUUUGGAUAAUUAUUAUCAAUUAAAGUGAUAUCAAUUCAGGAAAUAAUAAUAGUUAUUAUAGUCAUGGUGGCCAUUAAUGCCGUUGAUCGGCUAAAUCCCCAUUCAGCAGCAGUAGUAGUCCUCCUAACCAUAAUAUCCCUCUUCUCCUUUACACGUGCUGCUCCUCAUCUCGUGUCCGGUGAGUGCCUGCCCAUCGAAAGGGCUUCCCUCCUCGACUUGAAACGUGGUUUCUCCUUCGACAUGGACUCUGUCACCAAUUUGUCCUCAUGGAAACCUGGGUCCAACUGCUGCAAGUGGGAGGGUGUCACCUGCGACCCCAAUUCUGGCCACGUCAUCAGCCUUGAUCUCCAUAGACGUGGUAUCUCCGGUAAGCUAAGUGGCAGCCUCUUCAACCUCACCUCCCUCCAAACUCUCGACCUCUCUGACAAUCUCUUUGAAGGAAGCUUUCCGCAGUCGGGGUUUGAGAAUCUUGCCAAACUCACCUAUCUCGACCUCUCCAACAAUAGCUUCGAAGGAAGCUUUCCGCAGUCGGGGUUUGAGAAUCUUACCCAACUCACGCAUCUCGACCUCUCUGGCAAUAACUUCGAAGGAAGCUUUCCGCAGUCGGGGUUUGAGAAUCUUACCCAACUCACCUAUCUCGACCUCUCCUCGAAUAGCUUCGAAGGAAGCUUUCCGCAGUCGGGGUUUGAGAAUCUUACCCAACUCACGCAUCUCGAUCUCUAUUUGACGGAAUUUAGCGGUCAGGUUCCCAUCGGAAUCUCCCACUUAACCAACCUCAUUUUCCUUGGCAUCGGACAUGAUGUACUACAACUUUGGAACCUUCCAAGUUUCCGAACUCUAGUUGGAAACCUUACCAAUCUGAGGGAGCUCUACCUCUUCAAAGUCGACAUGUCCUAUGACCAAGACUGGAGCAACGCUUUGUCCACGUCACUGCCUCGCCUUCAAGCGCUCGCUCUAUACAGUUGUGGUCUCUCAGGAUUAUUGCCGACGGACAUCAAUCACUUCAUCACAUCACACAUGAACCUGACUUCUCUGGGCUUAUCAGAUAAUCCGAUGCUUUCUGGAGGAAUGCCAAAUUUCCCAAAGAAAAAUGCUUUGCAAGUUUUGUCACUCUCGGCCACAAAUUUAUCCGGAACCCUACCACCUGAUUCUCUUGCAAACUUGAAACACUUGACAGACUUGGAUCUUACGUAUUGUGCUUUUUCUGGACCAAUACCUUUCUCCAUAGGGAAUCUUACCCAGCUUGAAUACUUAUAUCUUUCGUACAAUGAAUUUACUGGUGCCAUCCCGAGAUCACUAUUUGAGCUCCCAUCCCUUACAGAACUUAACCUUGGCCACAACAGCUUUAACGGGACAGUGAACCUAGACUCGUUUAGGAAUCUCAGAGAUUUAAGCAGCCUGGCGCUUUCAGGAUUGAUAGUCCAAGAAGUUAGCGAAAAAUACUUCCAUGUCUUCCCGAAUCUAACUUAUUUGACCUUAGCAUCGUGCGGUCUCACAAAAGUUCCUACCUUUUUAAGAUAUCAAAAUAAAAUUGAACAUCUUGAUCUUUCAGAUAACAAAAUCGACGGAGGUAUACCAAAUUGGAUCAUUGAUCAAAAUUUGUCGAAUUUGAACCUCUCCAACAACGGGUUCACUCAUUUGGAAGAGCCAUUUAAUCUCUCUAUGAGGCAAAUGGGCUCUCUUGAUCUCCAUUCCAACAUGCUUCAGAGACCAAUUCCAUUAGUUUUCCCAUAUGUUUACUAUCUAGAUUACUCAAAUAACAACAUCUCAUCCGUCAUCCCGUCAAACAUUUCCUCCUCCCUUAAUCAAACUAAUAGUUUAUUAAUCGCCAAUAAUAGUCUCCAAGGACAAAUCCCAAUGUCUAUCUGUGAAGCACACAACCUCCAAUUCCUCGAUCUUUCUCAGAAUAAUUUGAGCGGUCCCAUACCAUCAUGUCUAUUCCAAAACAACAGCGCCCUUAUUGUUUUGAAACUCAGAGGGAACCGACUCCAAGGGACCAUUCCUCUGCAUCUUAAUGAGGCAUGCAAAUUAGAGGCAUUGAUUAUUAGUGACAAUCAUUUGGAAGGCCCAUUACCCCGAACAUUGCUUAAUUGCACGUCACUAAAGGUUUUCGACAUUGGAAAUAAUCACAUAGUGGACACUUUUCCAUUUUGGUUGGGAAAUAUGAUUAACAUGAACGUCCUUAUUCUCCGCGGGAAUGCACUUUAUGGACAGGUGGAAACUAUGGGAAACCAUGAGACACAUGAAAAAACAUUUUCAGAAGUGAGAAUCCUUGAUCUUUCCUCCAACCACUUCGAAGGAAAUUUGCCUUCAAAAUGUUUUAACAACUUGGAAUCCAUGAAAAAUUCUUCCAUUUUGGAUCAUGGAGAUAAAGGAGAUAGUAUGUCUUCUGAGGGGGUUCCUUAUGAAGUUUUGAUCAACAAGCAAGAAUUUACCCUUGAGAGAAUCCUAACAAUAUCAUACACAUUUGUUGAUUUCUCGAAUAAUAGAUUUGAAGGUAGUAUUCCAGAAAUGAUCGGCGAACUCCAUGGCCUCCACAAGUUGAACUUAUCACAUAAUAGUCUCAUCGGUAAGAUUCCUCCAUCGAUUGGAAACAUGACCCAGCUUGAACAAUUAGACAUUUCUGCAAAUCAUCUAUCAGGAGAGAUUCCCCAACAAUUAACGUAUCUCAAUUUCUUAAGUUUUCUAAACCUCUCCAACAACAAUUUGAAUGGAAGAAUCCCUCAAGGCGAACAGUUUAAUACAUUCUCAAACGCUACUUACUUGGAGAAUCAAGGACUUUGUGGUAAACCAUUAUCAAAGCAAUGCGGCAAUGUCAACCCAAAUGGAACAAGUGCAGCACCAUCUAUAAUCUCUGAUCAUCCAUCACCAUCAGGCUAUAUCAUUGGGCUUGCCCUAUUUUUCGGUUUGGGAUUCGGAGUGGGUUUAGCAGCAGUCGUUGUUCUUCAAAAUGUGCAAUGGAAAUUUUGGAAAAGACAAAACGGUGCUCAUGUCUAGUUAUCCAUGAAUUGUUAGUUAAGUUGAUCACUUGUGAAACUAGAGAAUGAUUCUCAGAUUUUUCAUGUUUUACGUAUUACUAUCAAAUAAAAUGAACUAGCUUGCCUCUC